AUGUUGGUCUCCCUCAGACCUCUGUUGACGAAUCGACAGGGCAAGAGGUUGGAGUUCCCCAAGGACGAUUCCGACACCGAAUGGAGGCGUCUCCGUCUGCUGAAGAAAGCAAACAAAUAUUCCAACACUGCUUAUCAUCAAUGUUUGUCGAUCUGGGCAGCCCAGUGUUGGAGGAAAAUAUACCGUACAUCGUCGAAUUCCUGGGACAUUGAGGAGACUAGAGGCUAUCGCUACUUCACACGAAGUGUCAUAGACUACCUCGGCAACCAGCAGACCACAGUGAUUCCCGACUUGUCCGAAUUUCAAGAGGACAAACCCGACAUGGACAUCUACGGUCCGCAAGCCCCACGUGAAGACGCGUCGAGUGAUUUCGCGAUGACUAUGGUGAGAACUCUUUCACAAACCAGCGAGGAAGGAGCGCUCAUUAUCAUCGGUGGUUUCCGAACGUAUGAAUCACCCUAUCCCAACGCUGAUGCUUUUCCAUCAUAUUCAUACUAUUUGGACGAUGUGUGGUAUUACAGUACAUCUGGUAUGCUAUGGAAGGAAAUAUUCACCCUUGAGAAGGAGCCGUCUAAACCGCAUGCUAGGCGAGGAUCAGCUGUGGUCACAUUACGAGACCGAUCGGGCGAUGCUCAGCUUCUUAUGUUUGGUGGACGACAUCACGAUGAGCUCUUCGAUGAUAUGUGGAUCCUGGACGUGCAGCGAUCACCGAAGAAAACGAGAAAAUGGAAAAGAAUCGACCAGACGAUACGAGGCGAAAUGAACAGUCACUUCUGCACAGAUGAUGGAAGUUAUUGUGAUGUACAGAAAGCUCUAGAGAGUAUCGAAAUGAGGUGUAGCAGUACGGACCCUGCUGCCGCCUUUUGUUGCGAGGCACCUUCUGUAGCCAACGAGGCUCAUGCCUCUCUAGUGGUGAAUGCUCUUGUCACGAUGGCUGGUCCGAUAGGGAUUGCUCUAGUGCUGCUUGCCGAAACAACUGUAAGUCAGUCUUAUGUGAACCUUGAUACAAUAACAGGUACGCCGGACACUCCUGUGAAAGGGAGAUGUGUGUGA